UUUUUAUAUAAUGUUAUUUAGAUGUACGACUGCAAAACCUUUUUGAUCAGUUGACAAUUUAAAAGUGGACGAUGCUAAUUUAAAACGUUUUAUAUGCUUUAAUAUUAAGCAAAAAGAGCAGUACAAUGCCAAAAUCGGAGCAUAAAUUAUAAACCGUAAAACAUAACUGUAUCUUUGGAAACAAUCCAUCAAUUCAACAUUAAAGGGUUUUCUCUUUUUGUAGUUUUGUAACCUUUUGUGCAGUCGACGUCACCAAGUCACGUGAGUGUAAAGAGCUUUGUGAUUGGUGAAACUGCCGCGACUCUCUUAAAAGGACUGUACAAGCUUCGCUCCUAUUGGUCCACAGCGUUCCGCGCCAAACUUCCAAUAAAAAGACGAGCGGCAAACAAAAGCCACUUCACUCUGUGCUCGUCCCGUGUCUGCGCUGUCGUUGAGAACGUCUGCAUUAUUUUAUAACUAUUUACUUUUAAACUCAUCUAGUCAUUUUAAUUGUCGAAAUGCAGUCUGCUCGCUCGCCUCUUUCCGUCCGCAACGAGAACAAGCUGAGCGGUGACGUCAGCAACAUGUCGCUGGAUAAAGAAAACACGCCUCCGAGCCUGAACACUGCGCGUAUCUUGGCGUCGAAAACCGCGCGCAAAAUAUUCGCCGAGACUCCGAGCCAAGGCGUGAAGAAGAGUGGCGGCAAGGAGGCAGAGCCUCUGCUCAAGGACAACCCCCGCCGCUUUGUCAUCUUCCCCAUCCAGUACCAUGACAUCUGGCGCAUGUACAAGAAGGCAGAGGCAUCUUUCUGGACUGCAGAAGAGGUGGACCUGUCCAAGGACCUGCAGCACUGGGACACUCUGAAGGAAGACGAGAAGUUCUUCAUCUCUCAUGUGUUGGCCUUCUUCGCCGCCAGCGACGGCAUCGUCAACGAGAACCUGGUGGAGCGCUUCAUGCAGGAAGUGCAGGUGACGGAGGCGCGCUGUUUCUACGGUUUCCAGAUCGCCAUGGAGAACAUCCACUCUGAGAUGUACAGCCUCCUCAUUGACACCUACAUCAAAGACCCCAAAGAAAGAGAGUACCUCUUCAACGCCAUCGAGACAAUGCCGUGCAUCAAGAAGAAGGCCGACUGGGCGAUCAACUGGAUCGGCAACAAGAACGCCAGCUUUGGUGAGCGCGUGGUGGCCUUCGCCGCCGUGGAAGGGAUCUUUUUCUCCGGGUCCUUCGCCGCCAUUUUCUGGCUAAAGAAACGCGGCCUGAUGCCCGGCCUGACCUUCUCUAACGAGCUCAUCAGCAGAGACGAGGGUCUCCACUGCGACUUUGCUUGUCUGAUGUUCAAGCACCUGCUCAACAAGCCUUCCGUCGACACUGUGACCUCCAUCAUCAGGAACGCCGUAGCGAUCGAACAGGAGUUCCUGACUCAGGCGCUGCCCGUCAAACUCAUCGGGAUGAACUGUGACCUGAUGAAGCGUUACAUCGAGUUCGUCGCCGACAGGCUCAUGAUGGAGCUCGGCCUGGACAAGAUGUAUCGUGUGGAGAACCCCUUCGACUUCAUGGAAAACAUCUCACUGGAGGGAAAGACCAACUUCUUUGAGAAGCGUGUUGGCGAGUAUCAGAGAAUGGGUGUCAUGGCCGCCACCACCGACAACACCUUCACGCUGGAUGCUGACUUCUGACCACGCCCACUUUUCUGUAGCUUAUGGACUGUGUCCUUUUAUUGUAAUUUGUAAAUAUCUUUUCUAAUAAAAUGUAUUUAUGUUUUA